AUGUCCUGGGAAGACGAUGCUAUCAAUGGGUCCGUGGGCCCUGCCGCUAUUGGCGACGACGACGCUGUCCUGAUGGAGUCCUGGGACGCGGACGAGCCUGUGUUGGAGUCCUGGGACGCUGAACCCGCUGCCGAGGAGCCCAAACCGGCUGCCAAAAAGAAAGCGACAACCCCCGCGACGAAGAAGAAGGGUGCAGACCCCAAGAAGGGUAAAAAAGAGGACGUUUUGCUGGCAAUUGACACGCUCGACGAGAAAUCGCGGAAGGAAUUGUUGAAGAAGGCCGAACUAGAAUCCGAUUUGAAGAACGCAUCGGACCUGUUCGGCGACCUUGCGAUGAAUGAACAUCCACGGGCUGCUGCUGCCGCGAGGGAGAACGCAGACUCGUUGCUUCUAGGCGCACGGGCCACUUUCACAAAGGACACGCCGAUCGAGACUCACCCACUGUUCACGCAGGCGGAGACCAAGCGUGACUUCCAGGACCUACAGAAGGCAUUGUCCGUGGCGGUCACAUCCAUGAACGAGAAAUCCUCUUUGAACUACUCCUCCGGACUGGCCAUUGACCUGUGCAGGGAUAUCUGUAAACCAAUGUCCAUCGAGUCCAUCAGACAGACAGUGGCCACUUUGAACGUGCUUAUCAAGGACAAGGAGAGACAGGAGAGACAGGAGAGACUUGCCCGUGUCAGAGGUGGCACCGCCACGGGUGGUGCAGGGAAGAAGAAGGCCAAAGCCAAGACUAACCUUGGUGGGGCCUUCAAAAAGGACCAAGAUUUCGAUAUGGGUGACUACGACGAUUUCGGAGACGGUGAUUUCAUGUAA